CAUCAGCGUCCCAGUGUGAGUGUGUUUUUUAGCUCACUUUCUGGGACAAAUACACCUUCAUGUGUCGUCAGGAGCGGGACAUCCGGAAGGAAGUGAUGCAAUCAUCUUAAAUGAGGUUGCAUAUAUGCUGUAGUCGUUUGAGCUGUGCAGCAUAUCUACACAUUGUGCUUUCAUUGCCUCGACAGCUUGGAUUCUCCUGCUCGCUGAUAUAAACACUUUACUUUAGGAUUACAGUGACUCUCUCCAACAAAAACCUCUGAAUCUAACAGAUGAAAAGGAUGAAGGUUGUAAUUAUAACAUUUUGCCUGAUUGGAUCCAUUUUUACAAACCCAAUUUUACACAAUGUCUUGGUUUCAAGUGAACUGGACUCUAACUCGACUGAAAGUUUGUCCAAUUCCCAGUCUUCUGAAAAUAGCUCCUCAAAGCUUCAGAGCUCUGAGGAAAGCAUCUCAAAUCAAAGUUCAGAGUCUGAAUCAUUAGAAUCCAGUUCAGAGGACAAGACCUCAGAAGAGAGUGACAGUCAGUCAGACGAGGAUGAUGGGAUGGACUCUUUGGCUGAAACCAGAGAUAACAGCAUGGGCAGUGAGGAGAAUGUCCGAAAGAACUGGGUGAGGGUGUUUGCCAGUGUUGUCAAAGACCUGAGCGCAGAAGACAACAUGAGCACAGAGGUUAAAGGUCAGGCAGACUACCUGGGCAACGAGCUGACUGAGAAACAGCCAACUCAGACUUCCACCAGCACCAAGACAGCUCAGAGUCAUGCAAACCUGCCACAGCUGAACAACCCCACAGACAGCAGCAACACGGCCAGCGACAGUGCAGACACCAGUGAUGUUACAAAUGCCAACAGUGACAGCAGUGAUAGCACCAGCAGCGAAAGCCAAGAGAGCAACGAGGCCAGCGACAGCAGUGAGGCCAGCAAAAGCACAGAGGACAGUAAUGCCAGUGAAAGCACAGAGAUGCAACAAGUCAGAGACUGUGUGAAUGGUACCCAGAGCUGUGAAAGCGAAGAGUAUUUUGUCCAGAGUAUAGGAGACGAUGCUCAUUUCUCCGUGGACAAUCUAAUGGUGCCAGAUGAGGAUGACAGGGAGUUAAGACUGAGAAGAUGAUGGCAUGCGCAAGCACAGCUUCACUUGUUCUUUGUGCGAACUAAUAAUUGAUCAGCUUGAACAAUUAAUGAUGACAGCUUUUGGCUGUAACUUCUGAAUACUGAUGUUGACAUUACACUACCUGCAGCCAAUUCUUAUGUGUGAAAAUUAAUAUGGUGAUAUAACCUAAACAUUGCUUUGAUAUUUAGAAGUUUUAAAUAAUUAAAUUUGAGGCUGGCAUAUUAUUUAAGACAUUUUACACCGUUAUACAUGUGCAGUAUUGAAAUGGCAGUAGAGGAUCUCCUAUUUAUGCAAAUUCAAUAAAUUUUGAAGAGAAAUAGUCUACUACUACUAAGUCGCCUACUCAUUGUGCUCAAAGUAAAAGCAGUGUAAGCUGAACAUUAAGCUAUAUUUUGGCGGUCAGUGUGAAGAUAUUUAUAUGAUACAUUAGUCUGGAAGGUAUGGUACACGUGAGGGGUGGGCACAAAAGCACCG